ACGAUAAUUAUAAUCACACGAAGUGCCUUGAUAAUUACAUAAUUUGUUAUUAAACAGACUAGACUAUCGAUGGCGCGUCAAUAAUAAUUUAAAAAAUUGAAUUAAAUUGGACGAUUAAUGACCGUUCUGCUCAGUUCGUCUAAAGAGUUCGCUGUUUGACCAAUGGCGGUAUCUUGGAGCAAUGAAGAUAUUCAUUGGAAUCGAUUUGUUUGUGCACUCAGUACUUCACCAUAUUGGAUUUUAUUUGUUUGGAAAUCAUAUUUCGAGUACCCGAAAUGGGACGACACCAUGAAAUCACUGAAGGCAGUUCAUCCAGCUCAAAAUGAUACUAAAAGGAUAGAGGCAGGUGCAUUCUCCGGAUUGAAUAUGAAUGCUCUUUAUCUCUUGGACAAUAAAGUGGAUAGAGUCAUUGAGACAGAAGACUUUGGCCAUGAACUCCUAGCAGCAGCGUCUAGAGUCAGCGAAGAUAAUCCACAAAUAAAGAUGUUUUGAUUCAGUAUUCGAUCCCCGUGAGAU